AUGUAUGCGGUCUAUGCCUAGCAAUAUCUUCCUGUCUGCUAAUAUUUAUAAAAUUAACUGAUUAUUUCGCUGAUAUCAUCAAUUUUCAAUUAUUUACGGCUGAUAUUUGAAAUUGGAUAAAAAAUUUCAUAAUUCCAUGUUAUCAUCAAAAACUAACAAUUAGUAUUUAUUUAUCCGAGAUCGUGAUCUAUCAAAAAUAAUGUCCAAGUAUCAGUUAAAAUCCUUAGAAGACGGCAAAAUUUUCGAUCUACCGUCGUCAGAAAUAAUUAUUGGACGUGGAGCUUUCUUAGAGGUAUCAAACAAGAAAGUAUCUAGGAGUCAUGCAUCAUUUGUCGUCAAGGACGAUAAAUUAAUUCUUAAGGCCUUGCAUGCAAAUCCCUGCUUUAUUCGACCAAAUGGGGCUAAGUCGAAACAAAAAACCUUGAAAAAGGAUCAGACAGAGAUUCUCCACCAAUCUGAUGUCGUAUGCUUAUUACCCAACGACGAAUUGAUGUAUGAGGUGGUUCACAUUAAGCCGGAAAAAGACAGUCAAGAAACGCAAGAGGAAAGUCCACCCACACCUACAGAAGAAUUUUUAAACGAAAUUAGAAAUGAUGAAGUUGAGAAAGAAAAGCGUGACCUACUUCCUAGUAAAGUUGUAAAAGAGAAAAAAAUAGAAGAAGAUUUGCCUCUUCCAGUAGAUAGAAAGAGAAAAUUACCUAAAUGGAUGAUGAACACAUCUACAAUCUCAACUGCAACAGUAACAUCUCCUUCAAAGAUUCCCACUCCCAGAGUUGCCGACAAUGCUAAUGGUUCACCUGUGAAGAAAACACGAAUUAACCUUUCUGAUGGAAAGGAAAAAACACCUGUAAAAGUUGAAAAGAAAAAAAGAAUGAAACGAAUAAGUAUAUCAGACGAAGAGGAAGAAAAGCAAGUAAAAAUAGAGAAAAAAGUCCCUAAAAGAAACGUUAAAAAAAAAAGAAUCAGCAUUUCAGAUGAGGAAGACGAUGAGGAUAUUGAUAAUGACGAUGAUGAUGAAGAGGACGAAGUCAUUCCAAAGAAAAGAACUAGAACAAGAAAUACUAGAAAGGCAAAAACUGUAAGUAUCUCGGAUGAAGAUAAUGACGUCGAUGAUGAUGAUGAAGGAGAAAAAGAUGAAAUUGUGGAUAAAAAGAAAAAAGAAAAAAACAAUAAAAGAAAGAAAUGUAGAUUUGGCAAGAAAUGUUACAGAAAAAACCCUACGCACUUCAAAGAGUUCUGCCAUCCGGGAGAUGAAACUUUUGAUGAAAAAGAGGAAGAGCUCGAUGAAGAAACGCUGCUUCGAAAGAUCAGGCAACGAAAUGCCAAAAAAAAAACUAAGACUGUUCUGGCUGGCGAGUCGGAUGAUAGUGAUCUUCCCAAUACAUAUGAUUAUAAUGAUAGUUUUAUAAAUGAUGACGGUUCGUCAGUGGACUACGAUGAUUCAUCGAGCUACGGUGGAAGUGAUGAUGACGAUUGGGAUCCAGAUGAUGGAAAUGAUGAUAUAGGGGAACUAGUCGGUGAUGCGAAGAAAUAUCUCAGAAAUCGUAAAUUAUAA